GUUCGUUUAUUUAUAAUCCAACCAUCAUCAAAUCAACAGCUCGCCUCUUGAGUAUGAUUUAUACGGGUAAAAGCAUCUCAAAAAUCCAUGUGAUGAAACCAAUAACAGUGAUAACGGUGAAUGUGAACUGAAAUAAUCAAAUCAUGCAGUGCCCUAAUGUACGAAGAUCAAAGUGGUAUAGCACUUGGGAAAAUGCUAGUUUCUAAGUUGCAAAACGCGCACAAGGAUGAACACGCACCAGAAUACUGAUAAAGUCCAUUAUUUAGUUUAAAUAGUUGACAUUUAUUGAAAAUAUUCAAAAUAUUGAGAAGAAAACUUUCAAAAGACUGACCCUUUGGCAGGAUGAGGAAUUCUUAACCAAUAAGGCCUCCUCCUCAAUGUUCCAAGGACCCCUUCCUCGGUUAUUAUAUGAGAACUUUCUAAGCCUACCAUUACAUUACUUGGAGUAUUUUCUGGUCACUCAAUAAUUGUGAAGAUUCAACAGAUUGGUAAUCGGAAUAUUAAUAUAAGAUCAUCGUUACUGCAACCAGGAUUUUUAAUCAUAAUUGAGAUAACUAAGAUCACGUAAAAAUGCCUUAUUCAUUGUUGAAUACUGGAAGUGACGAACCAACAUUUCCUAACCUAACUGGAGUUAAUGUUAAUUCCUCCUCUUUACCAAUUGAUAUGCAAUUCAAUGAUGGGCACAGACUGCAGAUAGCUGUUUACAGUGUACUGAUGAUCAUUUCGGCUAUAGGAAAUAUAACGGUACUGGCACUACUUAUAAAACGGCGGCUCAAAUCACAUUCUCGGAUAGAUAUGAUGUUAACUCAUUUAGCUAUUGCCGAUUUGUUGGUGACAUUCCUAAUGAUGCCAUUGGAGAUUGCGUGGGCGUUUACUGUAUAUUGGACGGCGGGAGAUAUAAUGUGUCGUUUGAUGGCUUUCUUCCGCACAUUUGGAUUGCAUUUAUCAAGCUUCGUGCUCGUCUGCAUAUCUGUAGAUAGGUAUUACGCAGUGUUACAACCGCUUAAACUUUCAAAACGCAGGGGGAAAAUAAUGAUAUCUAUUGCUUGGUCAAUGUCCGUGCUAUGCAGUGCUCCACAGUCUUUCAUCUUCCACGUUGAGAUUCAUCCAAACUACACAUGGUACGAGCAAUGUGUGACAUACAAUACGUUCCCGAACGACACCUACCAAACCGUCUACAAUUUUCUAGUUAUGAUGUUUAUGUAUGCACUGCCCUUAUUGACUAUAAUAUGUUCGUAUGCAUCUAUUUAUAUGGAAAUAUUCCGGCAUAGCCGAAUGCCGAAUUCUGAAGGUUUUCGACGAUCGAGUAUCGAUGUUCUCGGUCGCGCUAAACGAAGAACAUUAAAGAUGACCAUUACCAUUGUAAUGGCUUUCGUAAUUUGUUGGACACCAUAUUAUGUUAUGUCUAUCUGGUAUUGGCUAGACAAACAAUCCGCGGAAAUCGUAGAUCAACGAGUGCAAAAAGGAUUGUUUCUUUUUGCAUGCACGAACAGCUGUAUGAACCCUAUAGUUUAUGGUGUUUACAAUGUGAAGCUACGAAAAAAUAGGAAACCAGAUGGUGUUAAGUCAGGCCAAUCUUCCGUUAUUCUUAGAAAUUCAGCAAAAUAUACAAGGCAUUCAGAAUCUAUCCGAUCAUCCACAGGUAAAAACCGUUGUUGUAGAGAUCUUGAUGUUGCAUGUGCAAUAAAAACUAUUUGAGAUAUGAUAUUGGAGAUAAAAAAUACUUUUAUAGAUCGAAAUACCAUAAUAGAGCAGUAAAAGUUAGCAAAUCCCUCGCCGUGCUCAAAAUUCUUAUAUUGUCUUGUUGUUGUUUCUGGGAAACU